ACAUUGUCUACCGUACUAAGAGCGCCUUCUUCCACAAGCGAGCCUGGCUUAGGGUUUCGGGCUAGGGGCCGCCGGGAGUGCUAAGGGUCUCUCGGGGCCGAAAGAAAUGUAGAAGUGUGUUGUAAGCGUUCCAGAAGCAAGCAGGCUGCCGGGCUUGUUCUCUACGCCAAUUGUUGCAGUAAAAUGGGGACGGGAUAGUGCGCCUUUCGAGGACUGACACUUUAAAGAAGAGGGGGCUUCACGUGCUCCUCUUAAGACCCGAGUUUUAUGGCCCCAUUUUUGCCGUACGCGAAGCAUAUCCUAGGAUUUUUUUCCCAUUCCUGGAUAAAGAUGGCAGCCAAUAAAGCAAUUCUGAAUAGACUGGAACAAAAGGGUGCGGAGGCUGAUCAAGUUAUUGAAUACCUUAAGCAGCAAGUUGCUCUACUAAAGGAGAAAGCAAUUUUACAGGCAACUCUCAGAGAAGAGAAGAAACUUCGUGUUGAAAAUGCUAAGUUGAAGAAAGAAAUUGAAGGACUUAAACAGGAGCUCAUACAGGCUGAAAUUCGCAAUGGAGUGAAACAAAUACCAGUUCCCUCUGGUCCAUCAGUUCAAGCUAAUUCUACAUCCAUACCUUCUGAAAAUUUAGUGGAGUCAGUAUCUACUCCAGUCUUACCUUCUGGUACCAAAGAGGAAGAAGAAAAGAAAAAGAAAGAAAAUACGACAAACAAAGGAGAAAAGAGGGAAAAGAAGCAGAAGCAUCCAGCAGCUACAGCCCCCGACUCCAAACCAGUAGAUGUCUCUCUCUUGGAUCUUCGCAUUGGUUGUAUCAUCACUGCUAAAAAACAUCCUGAUGCAGAUUCUCUGUAUGUUGAAGAAAUAGAUGUUGGAGAAAAAGCACCAAGAACAGUUGUUAGUGGAUUGGUGAAAUAUGUCUCCCUUGACCAGAUGCAGAAUCGGAUGGUGAUUUUGCUUUGUAAUCUGAAACCUGCAAAGAUGAGAGGAGUGGUAUCUCAAGCAAUGCUGAUGUGCGCUAGUUCACCAGAGAAGGUGGAAAUCUUGGAUCCUCCCAGUGGAUCUGUUCCUGGAGACAGAAUUACUUUCGAGGGAUUCCCUGGAGAGCCUGAGAAGGAACUGAAUCCCAAGAAGAAGAUUUGGGAGCAGAUCCAGCCUGAUCUUAUCACUAAUGAUCAAUGUGUUGCAACCUAUAAAGGAGUCCCCUUUGAGGUGAAAGGGAAAGGGGUCUGUAGGGCUCAGACCAUGUCCAACAGUGGAAUUAAAUAAAAUGAAAAAAAUCUUUGGUGAUUGAGAUACUUUAAAGAAAUAUUGAUGGAAAGUAUUAUAAGCACAAUUAAAAAAAUAUAUAUUUCUUCCAUAGCCUUAAA